UUCUGGCUCUCCGUCCGUUCUCUACCUUCUCCUUCUCUCUUCCACGUCUUCGCUCGUUCCGCCAUUACCGUCUCUUUGGUUCUCCCGCGCUUCAGAGCUAGGGUUCCAGCACAUGAUUCAGUGAGCUUCAAUUUCGGCACAUGAUUCAUGGCUACUUCAUUGCCUUUACCGGAACUUGUAUUCGUCUCGCCGAAGCGGCUUCUGUCUAUUUCCAGUUCCAGAUGUUCGCACUAUAGGAUUCCUCUCUCUAGAAGCUGUAGUUUUCGUGUUCUUUUUCGGACUAAAGUCAAGGCUGUUAGAGAAGACGGAGUGAUUGUUGACAAGAGAGAGAGCGAGUUGAUCAAGGAAGUUAAUGGUUAUGAACUUGGUGGCAAUGGAGCUGCUUACAAGGAGAAUGGCGAUUACAAGUAUAAUGGCUGGGUUAAUGGUGGAGUUACGGUUGUGGAGAGUGAGACUGAUAGUAGUAAUGGGAGCUUAAUGAAGUAUGUUAAUGGAAAUGGUGUUGCUGCGACGGUGGUGGGGGAAAUUCAAGCUUCGGAGUCGACGGAGGAGGGGAGGAAGAAGAGGAUAGAGGAGAUUGGUAAAGAAGAGGCUUGGUUCAAGCGGAGUGAACAGCAACAGACCGAGGUUUCUGUGGCACCUGGUGGACGCUGGAAUAGAUUUAAAACAUAUUCAACAAUUCAGAGAACCUUGGAGAUAUGGGGAUUUGUUUUUACUUUUAUCAUUAAGGCUUGGCUUAACAGUCAGAAAUUUACUUAUCGAGGAGGAAUGACAGAGGAGAAGCAGGUUUCCAGAAGAAAGAUCCUUGCCAAAUGGUUGAAAGAAAGCAUUCUAAGAUUAGGUCCAACGUUUAUUAAAAUUGGACAGCAGUUUUCCACAAGAGUGGACAUUCUACCACAAGAAUAUGUUGACCAGUUAUCAGAACUUCAGGAUCAAGUUCCUCCCUUCCCAUCUGAGACAGCAAUAUCAAUAGUUGAAGAAGAGCUUGGAGGUCCUUUGGACAAUAUAUUUGAUUGGUUUGAUCGUGAACCAAUAGCAGCUGCUAGUCUUGGUCAAGUUCAUCGUGCAAGAUUGAAGGGGCAGGAGGUUGUGGUGAAAGUCCAAAGGCCAAGUCUAAAGGAACUCUUUGACAUUGACCUUAAGAACCUAAGGGUCAUAGCAGAAUACCUUCAAAAAUUUGAUCCUAAGUCAGAUGGUGCAAAGAGAGAUUGGGUUGCUAUAUAUGAUGAGUGUGCUAACGUCCUGUAUCAGGAAAUAGAUUACACCAAGGAAGCAGCUAAUGCCGAGCAGUUUGCAAACAACUUUAAAAGCUUGGACUACGUGAAAGUCCCAUCAAUAUUUUGGGACUAUACUACUCCACAGGUUCUGACUAUGGAGUAUGUCCCUGGAAUCAAAAUAAAUAAGAUUAAAGCUCUGGAUCAACUAGGCAUUGAUCGAAAACGUCUAGGUCGUUAUGCAGUUGAAUCUUACCUGGAGCAAAUUCUGUCUCAUGGAUUCUUCCACGCAGAUCCUCAUCCUGGAAAUAUUGCUGUCGAUGAUGUCAAUGGAGGAAGGUUGAUCUUUUAUGAUUUUGGAAUGAUGGGGAGUAUCAGUUCAAAUAUCAGAGAGGGUUUGCUAGAAACGUUCUAUGGAGUGUAUGAGAAAGAUCCGGACAAGGUUCUUCAAGCAAUGAUUCAAAUGGGAGUUCUUGUGCCUACUGGAGACAUGACUGCUGUUAGACGAACAGCUCAAUUCUUCCUCAACAGUUUUGAAGAACGUUUGGCUGCACAGAGAAAGGAGAGAGAGAUGGCAACCGCAGAACUUGGCUUUAAGAAACCACUGACCAAGGAGGAAAAGUUGAUGAAGAAAAAGGAACGUCUAGCUGCAAUUGGAGAAGAUCUAUUAGCCAUUGCAGCAGACCAACCAUUUCGGUUUCCUGCCACAUUCACAUUUGUUGUUAGAGCAUUUUCAGUAUUAGAUGGCAUUGGGAAAGGCCUCGACCCACGAUUUGAUAUUACUGAAAUUGCCAAGCCAUAUGCUCUGGAAUUAUUGAAAUUUCGGGAAGCUGGAGUUGAGGUUGCCGUGAAGGACUUCAGAAAGAGAUGGGAUAGGCAGUCUCGUGCAUUCUAUAACUUAUUUAGACAGGCCGAAAGAGUUGAAAAACUUGCUGAAGUUAUCCAAAGACUGGAGCAAGGUGAUCUCAAGCUUAGAGUUCGGGCUUUGGAAUCUGAAAGAGCAUUCCAACGUGUUGCAACAGUUCAGAAGACGCUAGGAAAUGCAAUAGCUGCUGGAAGCCUAAUCAACCUUGCAACAAUAUUAUAUAUCAAUUCUAUUCGGAUGCCUGCCACUAUUGCCUACAUAUGUUGUGCCUUUUUUGGGCUCCAAGUCCUCAUCGGUCUUAUCAAAGUCAAAAGAAUAGAUGAGCGGGAGAAGUUGAUAACAGGAACCGCGUGAAAAAUAGGUUUCAGAGUUAUGAAUCACCACAGCAAAUGAAUCUGCUUACAAUUCAUCAUCACAUAGUUGUUUGAAAGCUCUGGUCUGUAGCCUGAGGUAUACAUCAUCUAAAGAUUACAUUAGAUGAUUUGGGUUGAAAACGUGAGCACUUCUUCCGAGUUUACUGAAAUCAUAUGAUACGAAUUGAUUUUCUCCAUAUGGUUGGUUAACCAGCUCUGUUUUCUGAGUAUUUUGAGCUUGCCUCAUAAGCACUCCACAGGUGUGUCAUCGAGUCUGGCAGCAGUUAUAGUUUAAACAAUUAGUCGGUGAAAAUAUGGAAUAAUGUAUGUACCGUUUUCAUUAGAUAUUGGAAAAUGUUAAUGUAUUAUGCAGAAUGCUGCAACAUUGAAUUAUUUUCCUCCCAUCGUUUAUGUAUAUAAUAUGUAGAUGCAAUAGAUAACUUAAUUCUAAAUCCCAUUUCUGGGGUCAUGUUUUU